AUGGUGAAAUGUGACCCUCGCCAUGGUAAAUACAUGUCUUGCUGCCUGCUGUACCGUGGUGAUGUGGUUCCCAAAGAUGUUAAUGCUGCCAUUGCCACCAUCAAGACCAAGCGUACCAUCCAGUUUGUGGACUGGUGCUCCACUGGCUUCAAGGUUGGCAUUAACUACCAGCCUCCCACUGUGGUACCUGGUGGUGACCUGGCCAAGGUCCAGAGAGCUGUGUGCAUGCUGAGCAACACCACAGCCAUUGCUGAGGCCUGGACUCGCCUAGAUCACAAGUUUGAUCUACUGUAUGCCAAAGGUGUCUUUGUGCACUGGUAUAUGGGUGAGGGCAUGGAGGCUGUUUAA